UAUCCGUUAUUGCUGAAGAAGGUAAUGAUGAUCAAUCCAAGUUGCCGAAGUGUGCUGACGUGGAAUGUAUAUAAAGGAAAUCCCGCAAGCACUAUCAUCCCUCGCAGGCCAAGUGUGCGAAAGUCUUGGUACUUUGAUGACUCGAUCCUCCCAGAGUUUAUCUCUACGUGCAAAAGAGACCACGCUGUGUGUAACAUUUCUCAAGACCAUCGGAUGCCAACGUAUCUCCUUAAGAUCCCAGAAGACACUGCUCCUGAAGCAUCCAUCCAGCUUGUGCACCAUGCACCCUGCGUCGGAUACGCAGCACUCAGCUAUUGUUGGGGCGGUGAUCAACGAAUCAAACUCACUGUCGAAACUGUGGCGGAGUUUACAACAUCUGGAAUUCCGUGCUCGGAUCUGCCCAUGACUAUCCAAGAUGCUAUCACGACGACUAGGAAGCUGGGACUGCAGUACGUCUGGAUCGACGCGCUCUGCAUCAUCCAAAAUGAUCCGGUCCAUACUAGACGCGAGAUUGACCUGAUGCCUAGUAUCUAUCAAAAUGCUCAAGUCACAAUUUAUGCCGCACGUUCCAGCACGGUAGAGCAAGGCUUUCUCUCUGAUAUCUUCGUUCCAGGAAGAGAUUCUCACUCUUUCCAAAUUCGAAUCCGCGGACCGGAUAGUCUCUCUCGCCCAGGCGCUCCUGUUUGUCCCUCUGACCUACGAGGAGCUGUGGUAUGCUUCAGCGACGAUAAUGGGUCAAACGUCAACAAUCCCAUUGAAAAGCGAGGAUGGACCUUUCAAGAAUUACUUCUCAGUCCACGACUCUUGGAGUUUGGUGCGUAUCACACAAGCUACAAAUGCCUUGAAUUGGAGCUUUGCGAUGCAAAUUUUGCACAGCUCUAUGACGGGCGAUCGUCAGAGGCAUUCGAGCUUGUACGCGUUUAUUUUCAUAAGCAACAAAUGGGAGGGGACCUGAAAAUCUGGGAGACAGCAGUGCGCAUGUAUACAAUGCGACAGCUGACGAACCCUAUUGAUCGGCCUUUGGCGAUUUCCGGUAUAGCAGCCGUGCUGGGACGAAUGCCGGACCUUCAGGGGAAGUACCUGGCAGGACUGUGGAAAGAUGAACUGCCGUUGCAGCUUCUCUGGGAGAUUAUAGAUCGCAGAAAACCUCGGUCAGCGGAGUAUCGAGGCCCAUCUUGGUCGUGGACGGCCGUAGAUGGGACUGUCGCUUUCCUUGAUCAUAUUCCCAAUGGGUCACCAGACCGUGAUCUACAGAUAUUGUACACGGCGAUCCAAUUGGAAGAUUCGAUCGUUCCACAUGGAGCAGUGAGCCAGGGCUCAUCAAUCACUGUUCGAGGAUGGAUCAUACCAAAGAUUGUCGCUGAGGGUGGCAAAUCUUUGAUAGAUAUAGGCCACGUCGGAGAUGCUACGGAUGGCUGUCAAGACGAACCUUCCUCGGUGACUAGAUCGAAACCGUGGAGACCAGUAGGUAGAUAUGGGCCUAUGCCGCUGAUACAUCCCGACGCCAUGGACGAGCUUACUGACGGAGCCACGGUAUACUGUUUGGAGGUCUACCCUUUCGACGAAAAGACAGAUAUCGCGCCGUAUGGACUUAUUCUUGCUGCAGCUGUCGGGUGUGAAGUUGGUUUUAGGCGGAUUGGCACUUUCAGGUUCUUCCCAAGAGUAGCGGGAGCGCGCUUUGUAAGUUGUCGACGACAUUUGUCAGGAUUGCGCGGCUUUUGCACUGGUUUCGACGCUUGA